AUGGGUUUCUCGUGCUGUGGGCGACGGCCUAAGAAGGCAGGGACAGAGAAGUUGACUCCUGUGCAUGACGAGGUGGUAUACCCGGUUCAUUUCUUGGACCAGUCUACACUGCAGCAGGAACUGGUCACCUGGGUCUUGAGCUUCAAUGACGUGCUUUCGGCAGUUCCCUUGCAUCAAUCUCUUUGCACCCUCCUUGAGAUUGGGGACUGGAAGAAGCUUGGAACUCGACUACGGGUCCGGAAUGAUGGCUUAAUGGAGGCAUAUGCACCAAAGGUAUUCACCGCGCAGAACCCUCCUUGCACCUUCUUCCACGAAAAGUUUUUCGAUACUCCCAUUCAAAGAGACCCCAUUGGAAAGCACUUCAUCUUGCCAAACAAAAGAGCCUUUACUCAAAGGUACCCCUCAGACUACCGAGGUCUUUUUCUCCCGCCAGGUGUUCCCUCAACUGUGCAGGACAUUGUCGACGGGGGUUUGUCCCAAUUAGUCCUCCGUGUUUUGUCAUUUCGAGACGCAACUAUGGUAACGCUCUCGUGGCCGCCAAACUCCAUGGAUACGGCAGGCUUCAAGGCCCUCCUGCAAAACUGGUCUCUAUGCAUGGCCGGACGCAUGGAUGAGGUUGCUACCGUCUUUGGGGCGCGGGAGGAUGUACUUGAAAAGCUGGUCAUGAGCGCCGAAGAAAAGAAGAAUCUCGACGAGCUCAGAGUGGACAGGAAACUCAAAGCUUUGUCUCAGAACCCGAUUUCAAAAUGGUGGAGACGACGGAGUCACAAACCACUACAGAGCAGAAUGGUGUUCAUCCCUCAGGCAAUUUAUGAUGACUUCAUGAAAGAGAUUCGGGAAGACAUUGCCAGCAUAUUAGAGGAUGAUGACCAGCGACCAGUUACGACCGCCGCAGACAUCAUCCUAGCCUGGAUAAGCAAGCUACAGGCCGCAGCCGACCUUAAACCAAGGGGUGUCCUUUCUACAUCCUUGGUCAACCUACGUUGCCGCAUGUCCACCCUUCGCGAUCCGUCAGGGGAGUAUAUUCAAAACCUGACACUGCCUUGUUACUCGUAUAUCUCCCCUGAAGAAGCCACCGACACAAUCGGCGCCAUAGCCCUCCAGCACAAACACAACACGCAAGAUCAGACCUCGGAACACCAACUGCUCGCCCUGGCCAAGCACGUUAUCGACAAGAAGAAGCGCGGUAAGAACCCGCUCCCCAUAUACAAUGUAUCCAGGAUCCCUCUUCUUGAAUUCCAUAACUUUUCCCCUCUGCAACUCUUCUCCGCCGCCGAUUUCUCGCCAGCUGUUGUUUGUGCCGAUGCGUUUGACGGUCCCAGAUGGAACCCUCCAGGACGCAUGACUGCAGCGUACUACCUUAUGGAGAGCACGAAUUUCGAUGAGAGCGUUUGCGCUGUGCUUGGGAAGGACCUCGGCGGCAAUUUUUGGAUGACAUGCCAGCUGGAGCCCGAAGUGUGGGUCAAGGUCGAGGAAGAGUUGUAUAAUUUGCAGAAGACGGUGAACUCGCCCACUUCGGGGCAUUGUAUUCGGUUCUAUGACUAUUCAGCACGCAAGGUAUCCGUUAGGUCUACGUUUUGA